UUUAUUAUGUAACAUGUCCCCAAUCACAUCCCUGCCUGAGUCUGAGGCAUAAGGUUGCUUUAAGAGCUAUCUCAGUUCCUAUCAGUGUUCUUGGCAGGACACCUCCUACCUUCUCCUCGACCAAAAAACUCUUGUUGUGUCUCACCUGAUGCAAAACAGCGCUGGAAGCCUAAGGGGAAACAACAUCUCGGUGAGAAACAACGGCUAAUUAAAACACGGCAUUUCGAGCUAGCCUGCAACUGUUUAAGGGGUGGAGGAUUUUAACUGAAAAAGAGUCUCCUCCACCUGUCCGGAGCCGAGAGAAUCCGCGUCAGGCACGCAGCUGGAGACAGCCAGUGGAUCCAGGACAGUUGAAGACAGACAGUGGAUUCAGGACAGCUGAAGACAGACAGUGGAUCCAGGACAGCUGCAGAGAGCCAGGGCAGCAAGUAAACUUCGUUGUAAAGACUGCUGAAGAUUAAGGAUGCAAAUAUUAUUCAUGAAGUAAUUACAACAGGUGUGACACAACAAAUUAGUUCCUUUACUCCCCCGGCUUUUGAAGUGAGGCCAGGAAAGCCGCCAUGGAGCUGCAUCACAAUACCAACCACAACCAAGCCUUGUGGAAAGAGAUACCGUGGGAUUUCACCGAUGAGUGCUCACUCUCAGUGAGUGGCACCACUUUUCUCAUCAUUGCUUACAGUGCAGUUAUGGCAGUAGGUCUCAUCGGGAACUCUUGCCUGGUGUUUGUCAUCACACGGCACAAGGAGAUGCGCAACGUCACCAACAUCUUCAUCGCCAACCUGUCCUGCUCUGACAUCCUCAUGUGCAUUGUGUGCCUGCCAGUGACUAUUAUUUACACGCUAAUGGACCGCUGGAUCCUUGGAGACGUCCUGUGUAAGCUCACGCCGUUCAUUGAAUGUAUAUCGGUCACUGUUUCCAUCUUCUCCCUCGUCCUCAUCGCCAUGGAGCGCUACCAGCUCAUUGUCCACCCAACAGGAUGGAAGCCCAUGGUGGGCCAGUCCUACAUGGCUGUGGCUGUCACCUGGAUCGUUGCCUGCCUGAUCUCGGUGCCUUUCUUCUCGUACAGUGUACUCACCUUGCCUUUCCAGAACCUGAGUCUCCCCUUCUCGGUCGGCGACCACUUUGUGUGCAUGGAGCGGUGGCCGUCAGUUCAAGAGCGGCGAGCGUACACCACCUCCCUGCUGGUCUUCCAGUACUUGCUCCCUCUAGCUCUUAUCAUGAUCUGCUAUCUGCACGUCUACCUGCGCCUCAGGAGGCGGAAGGACAUGGUGGAGCGUGGCAGGAACACCACUCAAAAGAAAACCAAGGGUGCCACCAGGAUCAACGCCAUGUUGUUCUCCAUAGUGGUGGCAUUUGCCCUCUCCUGGCUCCCUCUCAACGUCUUCAACACGGUGUUCGACUGGAACCAUGAGGCCAUCCCGUCCUGCGGGCAUGACGUCAUCUUCUCAGCCUGCCACCUCACAGCCAUGGCCUCCACUUGCGUCAACCCCAUCAUCUAUGGUUUCCUCAAUAGCAAUUUCCAAAAACAGGUGAAGUCUACCCUGUUGCGCUGUCGCUGCUGGGGGGUGACAGAGAGUUACGAGAGCGUCCCGCUCUCCACUGUCAGCACAGAAGUCACCAAGGGGUCAAUCUUGAGCAAUGGGUCUAUGAGCAUCAAUACUUAGGUCUUUUCAGUAAAAGACAAAGAGACCACUGGGGCUUCUUCAGCCUUCAUUGUGUCAUUUUUUUGCUUUUUUGCAUCCAAACGCGAGGUUGACAUUAAUAAAGCUAUAAACCUCACAGCACAGCAGUCCAGAGAAAGCCCACUGAAGACACUUUACCAGCACGGCCUGAGGCCCUUGCUUCAGUACAAGUUAGCAUGUAAGAGGAAGUAGAUAACACAUUGAUGGUGCAAAGGUUGGACAAGUUUAAGUAUUGUAGGGCGACUGAAGGCACUUUACAUGAGCACUUACAAUUCUAUAUAGUCCAUUCCUCAUGUGCUGUGGGCACAUGGGAAUGUUCGUUGGACAGCAUUUCCUCUAGUAAACAUCUGUCAUGUUUUCUUUCUGAAGCACUGGGAUCUGCUCCAAAGUCACGUUUACUGAAUAUCAGCUGCGUAAGGUUUGCUUUCACACUGUUACCUGCUUUAAAUGUGAAUUAUAACCCCGAGUGAACUAUAAGGACAAAGGGGUUGGGGCAAUGCAAAUGUUCUUUUCAAUUUUGCUGUUUUAUAUUAAUAGUAUUGAUAAAAAAAUGUGAGAGAUUGUACAUUUUGAUGUGUUAAUGAUUAUCAACAGAGUAGCUCAUUGCAUAACUGAAGGAGAGAACAUUAGUACAUUAAAUGUGACUAUACAGUAGGCAUUCACUGAGACAAAUACCAGUCAUCAUCUUAAUGCAUUUCUCAUUAUCUAAAAUCCCACAAACAAUGUAAUGGUCUUUUACAGAGAACCUUGGCAAGAGCUAUAUACAUUCCAUGUUGUCCACCAAGGUCUGCGUUGCAGUGUGUUGUGCAAGUGGGGUUUUUUUUUCUCAUAAAAUGUGCCAUUUACUAACCAUAUAUCAAGACAUCAAAGAAGCAGUAAAGGACUUAGUCAGAGCGGGGUUCUUCUGCUGUAAAUAACAUUGCUAAAAACAUACGUGGCCUGUAAAAUGUAUAGUUCAUGGUGUGUUGGGGAUUAAAGAACACUGUGUAGCAUAGUAGAUAUCUCCUAGGAAACCUGAUGUAAGUCACUUCUCUUUGUGGUAUGAAACUAAAUUAAAACAUCUACUAUCACCUUUAAUGAU